AUGCUUACGAGCGCGCAUUUCUUCCGGCUUGUGCCAGUAGUAUUCACAGUCUCUGCCCUCAUCCUGGCGCUGCUGGCACUCUGCGCUGGCAACACACCCGGCGUCUUGGACACCUACGAUAUCAUCACGAUUUACACCUCGGACCUCGGCAACAAAACCUACAGCAAGGCCUCGGAGAAUACCUUCGCGCCUUCACGGACAACAACCACCGAGUGUGACAAUGUAGGGGGUCUCUUGAGUCCGUUGUGCAGCAGCAUGACUUCAGCGGCCUCCAGUGCUCUUUCUCCUCCGACCACCUCCACUAGCAAAGCAGGUGACGAGAUCAACGACAUCAACAACGGAAUGGCCGACAUGCCUGCCACGCCACCCCAAAAGCGCCAUAUCCGCGACUUUUACUCGAUGUACGCCCUGACAGUCUGUGAAGGAGACUUCAUGCCAAAUGGCCGCCGUAACAUCAUUCAAUGUCACCAUUUCUUCUCCGAAAAUGAGGCCUCAACAAUCCCGUGCCUCAUCGAAACAGCUCUGAACCUCGGCGGCCCAGGACAGAACCUUUCCCUCUUCAGCUUGGGAUUCACUUAUCCUUUGGAGUCAGCUCUCGACAGCCUCAACAUGCUACUCAAAGCCGUCGGAGUCAUCUUCAGCAUUGGCAUCGGUUUUGCAGGACUCUCCUUCCUAUCCUCCAUUCCGGCCGUCUCGCUCAAAUCUGCCAGCAAAGGUAUGGGCUAUAUGUGGUCAGUUUGGAUCAACCUCGUCUUCGUUUCCGCGGCCCUGUUCUUCCUCAUCCUUGGCGGGUUGAUUGCUGCCAUCGGGGCCAAGGUUGCCGAGAGGAAGGUGAACGACUUGGGCGUAGCUGCUGGGGUAUUUGCGGUUGCUAGGACAAGCUGGGUCACGCUGGCGUGGGCGGGAAUCGCCUUGAUGGUUAUGGCCCUGCUGUACUGGAUCGGGAGGGCGGUGCAUCUAAAAAAGGUGCAGCGGGAGGCGGACGAGGAAGAGCAGAAGGAGGCUUCGCCGCCGCCGAGCAGUCCGUCGAUAUACACUACGCCUCGGGACCAUCCGCAUUCUGUCAGCGCUCUCUCUGCCCCGGGGCUUCCCCCGCCAUCGCAACCGCCGCUGUCGACGUCUUCAAGAAGGUAG